AUGAAGCUCAACCCAGAGAAGUGUGUAUUCGGCGUAGCUUCAGGAAAGUUCUUGGGUUUCAUGAUCACUCAUUGGGGGAUUGAGGCCAACCCCGAUAAGAUUCAGGCUUUGGCAGCAAUGGAAUCACCGAAGACCAAGAAAGAAGUUCAAAAGUUGACAGGCAGGAAUGAGGAGUGCGAUAAGGCUUUUCAGGAGCUCAAGCAGACGUUGGAAUCUCCUCCUAUCCUCACCAAACCCAAGCCCGAGGAUACUUUACAUUUAUACUUAGCCGUGUCUCAGAGUGCAGUAAGUGGUAUCUUGGUGAAAGAGGUUAACAGGGCCCAGCAACCCAUUUAUUAUAAACCAGACGUCUCAGGAAGAUUACUGAAGUGGGCAAUUGAACUCGAAGAAUUUGACAUAGAGUUCAAGCCCCGUCCAUCUAUUAAAGUUCAGGCCUUAGCUAACUUCAUUGCAGAGCUCACCCCAAGGCCUCAGGGGCCAGACGGUAGCUCGAGCUCUUCCACAGGCGUGUGGCAAAUUUUUGUAGAUAGAGCAUCAAACUCCUCAGGCUCAGGUGCAGAGAUCAUAAUCAUAAGCCCGGACACGUUCAUAGACAUUCAGUGUGCACUCAGGUUCGAAUUUGAAGUAACCAAUAAUGAAGCAGAGUAUGAAGCCGUCAUCAUAGCCAUGGAACUUGCCAUCAAUCUCAAGCUUGAAAACAUCAAAAUUUAUAGUGAUUCCCAGUUGGUGGUCGGACAAAUUGAAGGGACGUUUGAUAGGAAGGACGAGCCGAUGAGCUUAUACUGCUCGAAAGUGCAUAAUCUCCAGAGAAAGUUCAAGAGUUGUGAAAUUGUGAAAAUUACUCGGGCUGAGAAUUGUAAAGCCAAUGCCUUGUCAAGAUUGGUGUUCAUGGGGAUAGAUGGGCUUGACGAGACAGUCCACGUUAGAAUUGUAACCGAGCCAAGCAUCAAUAAGACUGUAAGUGUCAUGGAUAUUGAUAAUGAGCCAUCAUGGAUGGAUCCAAUAGUGGACUUUAUAAAACAUGACAAUCUUCCAGAAAAUCCUCGAGCAGCAAGAAGCAUCCGGUCCAAAGCUCCAAGGUAUUGCAUGAUUGAAGGAAUUUUAUUUCGCAGGAGCCUCACACUUCCAUACCUCAGGUGCCUUAAGUCUUCCAAAUCAUCCCACACCCUAGAAGAAGUUCAUGAAGGAAUAUGUGGAAACCAUCAAGAAGCUCGGGCAUUAACCUUCAAGCACAUAAGGUAUGGAUAUUAUUGGCCUACCAUGAAGAAAGACACCCAUGAAUAUGUCAAGAAGUGUGACAAGUGCCAGAGAUUCGGCAAUAUGAUCCACUCUCCCGCAGAGGACCUCACUAGCAUUAGUUGCACGACCCUGUUUGAGCAGUGGGGAGUUGACAUCCUCAGUCCCUUUCCAAUAACUAGGGGGCAAUUGAAGUUUGUGGCUGUGGCUAUUGAGUAUUUCACUAAGUGGGUGGAGGCUGAGCCUUUAGCAACAAUUUCAAAGCCUAAGUUGAGAACUUUCAUUUGGAGGUCCAUCAUAUGCAGGUUCGGGAUACCGAAAGUCCUCAUAACUGAUAAUGGUAGGCAGUUUGACAAUGCAUAA